UAGGUGGAAGGCUGGUGUAGUGGCACCACUACGCUGACGCGUGUCUACGCGUUGUGUUGACGUAGCCGUCGUCUCCUGCUGCUGAACCGUGGUGUCUGCUACGUGCUACGUGGAAACCCAUUCUCUCUCUUCUCUCGCUCGUGUUCGGAGCUUCUACUUGAAACCGACAUGGACCAGAUCACCAAGUUCGUUAAGCCUGGCAAGCAGUUUGCCAAGGACUCCAUUCGCCUGGUCAAGAAGUGCACUAAGCCUGACAGGAGAGAAUUCCAGAAGAUCGCUGUGGCCACAGCUGUUGGCUUCUGCAUCAUGGGCUUUAUUGGAUUCUUUGUGAAGUUAAUCCACAUUCCCAUCAACAACAUCAUUGUGGGAUCAUAAGCUUGGUCAUUUAUCAAGUACUGUCAUGGCAGUAUUCUCCCGUGUGACUGGACCUCAUCCCAUUUUGACAUGUAUGUUGUGUCUGUGUUUAAAUUAUUAUUAUCUGUACAUAAGUAUGUAAGUUAUAAUUCUGUUUUGUGAUGGCUAAAUCACCUAUCUAAUAAAUUUAUUAAUUUCA